AUGACUCGGAUACCAUGUCGCUCAACGGCGGCCAGGGGGAUUAUGCGCCCGCGUCAAACCUUUCCCAAGGCCGCCGUGCGCAAGCACAAGAUUAUUUUGGAAAGCAUCACGCAAGAGAAGAAGAAACUCCGCAUUGCCAUUUCUUUUGAGACCAAACCGCCUCCAGGAUACACGUUUAUUCCAGCAGGAAAUCCGGAGUUCACUAACGGAUGCAAGGAGCUGUGCCGGAAGGAUGGAUACAAAGUUUACACCGUGUCGACAACCCCCCAUCAACGAGUGCACGAUCUUUCUCAGCAUGUCCACAGGAUUGGUUAUCAUUUCCCUAGUGUUGUGGUGGCUUCAAUAUGCAUGGAGCGGGGUUUUUUCCUUUCAUCCAGUGGGAGAGUGGUAGCGUAUCAGAACCAGCGCCCUGACCAGAUCCAAGGUAACAAAAGUGCAAGCUCGGAGCAGUCACAGGAAACCAUCAACGCAGAGGCGAGGGACGCAAUCAAAGAUUUGUUCCCUAACAUCCCAACCAAAGACCUGAAUCAGAUUGUAAAGACGGCUUUCAAAAAGGUACGCCAGCCAUCACGCUUGCAUUCGCUGCUAACUGUUAUGUCUAGGGAAAACGUAGGGUUGGGACAGCAACCGAGCUUCCAUUAG